UCCCUUACCAUCGCCAUCAUAAAGAGCCGUAACCUUGCGCCGUAAUCUACCGGAUCUCUUCAAGUUUUCGGUCAUGUCGUCCAUAAGCAUCGGCGAUGAGAGCCACUACCUCCAGCGUACGUUACCGGAGUUAGAUUUUCGGGACCUGAAGGUCAUCUCCGCCGUGGGCCGCGGAGCCAAGGGCGUUGUGUUUGCGGCCAAGAGGAAUGACGAUGCAUUUGGUGAAUAUUUUGCUUUGAAAGUGAUCUCCAAGGCCUUGAUUCAGAAGAAAGCGAAGGCGAUUGACAACAAUGAGGGCGAGUGCAGGAGGGUGUCGUUUGAGCAGCAGGUGCUGCGUCGUUUUGAUCAUCCUCUCUUGCCUAGGUUGCGAGGGGUUCUGGAAACCGACAAGAUCAUUGGGUACGCCAUCGAUUACUGCCCCGGCGGCAAUCUCCAUUCUCUCCGGAAAAAGCAGACUGAGAAGAUGUUUUCCGAUGACAGCAUAAGGUUUUAUGCUGUGGAAUUGGUCCUUGCAUUGGAGUAUCUGCACAAUUUGGGCAUAGUAUACAGAGAUUUGAAGCCAGAAAAUAUACUGAUCCAAGAAUCUGGUCACAUAAUGCUCGUCGACUUCGAUCUUUCCAAAAAACUAAUCCUGAAAUCUCCAAAAUCCCAGAGUAGCUCCUCGUCGCCGAUUUCCCACUCGUCAAAGACGACGGCGAUGAAGGACUUACGGAAGAAACGCUUCUUCCGGUUUUACAGUUGCUCCCUGCCAAGCCCCCCGUCGUACGAAACAGAAGCCUCACCGGAUUUCCAAUGUCCGCGACGGAGCGAGUCGGACUCGGUUGAGAAAUCGAACUCGUUCGUUGGUACGGAGGAAUACGUAGCUCCCGAAGUCAUUUCGGGGAAGGGACAUAACUUCGGAGUCGAUUGGUGGUCGCUCGGCGUCGUUUUAUAUGAGAUGCUGUACGGAACGACGCCGUUUACCGGUCAGAACAGGAAAGAAACGUUCUAUCGGAUUUUGACGAAGGAACCGGAGUUAACCGGAGAGAAGACGCCGUUGAGGGACCUGAUCGCGAAGUUGCUGGAGAAGGACCGUGACCGUCGGAUCGACUUAGAAGGGAUCAAGGGCCACGAUUUCUUCAAAGGCGUUCAGUGGGACUCCGUUUUACAGGUGGCGCGGCCGCCGUAUAUUCCGUUGAAUGAGGUUGGGGACACAAAUGGGUUUAACGAAAAACAAGUGGAGGUAUUUGUCCAUGAGGUAUUUUUUGGAACGGAUGGUGAGGAAGAAAAAGGGAAAAAGAAAGAAGAAAAUAGUAAUUGUAAUAAUAAUAAUAAUAGCAAGAACGUGUGGGUAGAGAAAUUGAGUCAGAGUCACACCGAGAAUGAGGAUUUUUUAAUUUUUUGAGUUUCUCUUUAAACCAUUUAUUUGUUAUAUAUAAUCAUGUGUAUAUUCUUUUGGCGUAUGUUGUAGUGUACUUGGCUGUCUUCUUUUUUCUUUGGUUAAUAAGAUUGAAAUAUAAAAACAUAGUAAAAA